AUGGAUGCUCACGGUGGGCACUACCUCAACAAAGAAGCCGUGUUGUCACCUUUGGGUGCAGCCCGAAUGUGCCAACUGCUUUUCGGCUCCACCAUCAUCGCCUUAGUGUCGCACAGUGCAGACUACAGCGCCACCUACGGGUACUACUGCAUGUUCACAUGGUGCUUCUGCUUUGCUGUGACGCUGGUGGUGUUCAGCCUGGACAUAACGCGACUUCAUGUCUGCGUACCCAUCUCGUGGGACAACCUCACGGUGGCUUUCGCCAUGCUGGCGACGCUCAUGUACAUCACGGCCUCCGUGGUGUACCCCGUCUACUUCCUGGAAAUGGACUGCCCCAACGAGGGCUGCGAGGAGCAAGCCUACCGCAUCGCCGUGACAGUCAUCUCCAGCGUCUGCGUCUUCCCCUACGCUACAGAAGUGUUCAUAACCCGGGCCAAACCGGGCGCUGUGGUGGGCUACAUGGCAACUGUGUCUGGUCUACUCAAGGUGGUUCAGGGAUUUGUGGCCUGCAUUAUUUUCGGAGCACUGGAAAAUUACAGCGAGUAUAACAACUACUUCGCCACAGAAUACUGCGUGGUAGUGUACAGCCUUUGCUUCACAAUCACUGUGCUGGUGGUCAUACUGACAAUAUCUGGGAGGACAUCUUCCCUGGGCUUCCCUUUUGACCGGUUCGUAGUCAUCUACACCUUUAUGGCGGUCAUCUUCUACCUCAGCACGGCACUGGUGUGGCCAAUCUUCAGCUUUGACAAGAAGUACAGCUCGACGACACGCCCGGAGAACUGUCCACGUGGAGAAUGCCCGUGGGAGAGCAAGCUGGUGGUGGCCGUGUUCACCAACGUCAACCUGAUCCUGUACUUCAUUGACUUGAUCUACUCACAGAGGAUUCGCUUUGUCACCAACGCUGCUGUCUGA